GUAUACAUUAUGACCCAUCUUCUACACCUAGAGGAGUACCUUCCACAUAGCAUCGGUGUGUAUAGCAACACUUUGUUACAGCUCUAUGUAGAUCGAAGCGGGUUGUUGACAAUAUCAAACGCAGCUUGGUACGCAACCGUAAUAUCAGCAUUCCUACUAGACGUGGUAUCGACAUUGGUCACACUAGUACCAUACCUAGACAGCGGACUGUUACACGCACUGAAACUAAUAGGACAAAGUGGGAAUCAGCGAUUUGGGCAAUACUUCUGCGCUAACCUGCUAUUUGCAGCCAUACUAUACACAUUACUACCAGUGGCACUGUUGAUCAACCGCUUAACGGUCUGGGAAUCAUUACAAAGUUGGAAUUUAGUAGGUAUAGUCAUUCAAUUGUCUUCUAUACCAUAUUCCAUGAGCUUGGAUGUAUUCGCCCUAACAGCUAGAAUUGCUUUGGCAUUUUGCUUUAAAGCCAGUAUUGCCGACCUCACCUUCCCCGACGAUAACGUACCACAACCCAUGAACACGCCAGGUCAAGUAGGGACAACAACAAAGAAGAAUUGAUUUGUA